AUGCUGCCAAAGUUAAAUAAUGAAGAUGGUAAGCAGUUAGUAUUAGAUUAUAUGAGAUUACAAUAUAGACCAUAUUCGAUUAAUGAUAUACAAUUGAAUUUACACAAUCAAUUUACAAAAAAUAAAUUAGUAUCAGUAUUAGAUGAAUUAGUUAAUGAUCGGGAACUAGUUUCUAAAACUAUCGGGAAGACUACUUAUUAUGUUUACAAGGAGAUAAUACCAGAAGAAAAUGAUAUCAAUGUUGAUGAAAUCAAAGAAGAACACACUGCUUUAUCUCAACACAUAUCGGAUUUAAAAUUAUGGUUGCAAAAAAUUUAUUCAACUCCGACUAAUACUCAAUUAAUUAACAUGGUUGAAUCAUCAUCCACUACUUUUGAAAAUUUACUAGACCAAUUGAAAUCAUUCGAGGAUCAACCCACUAAAAAUCUUGAUAAUUAUGUCAUUAAAAUCACUAAAAUGAAAAAAGCACGCAGGGAGUUAUUAAUUGAUUUAGUGACAACUCUUGGUGAAAUGACAGAUACUAAGGAUAUACCUGUAUGUGUUUGAUAAAUUUCUCAUACUCAGUUACUAACUAUUUAGUCUGAAUGUGGAAUUGACACGGUUGAAUAUAAUCAAUUUGUUAAUGAAAAAUUUUGAAAAAUUAUAUUUUUUUUCACCAACGCAAAGUACAACAACAACAACAACAACAACUUCUUAGUUUGCAUCCUUACUUCCUUACCUAUGUUUCAAUGAUUUCACGAAAUGUGCAAAGAGUAUUUGUAUUAUUAUCAUGCACUUUUCUUGGUUUGAUUUGUGGUACUUUAUAUUUAUAUUCUUCAUAUUCACCUCAAUUAGCUAAACAAUUAGGUUAUACAGUUUCUGAUUCUUCAUAUAUUGCAUUAUUUGGAACUAUUGGCUUGGCGGUGGCUGGUCCAAUUUCGGGAAAUAUAGUAGAUAAAAAAGGUUAUAGUGUUUCCAUAUCAAUUGGUGGUAUUUUAUUAAUUUUAGGUUAUUCUGGACUAAAAAAACAAUUUGACUUACAAUGGUCUAAUCUAAAUUUGUCCAGUUUUUGGUUAUUUUCAAUUGGGUUAGGUUCUACAUUUAUUAAUAAUGCAUGUUUGAAAUGUUGUGCUAUUAGUUUUCCCAGUAUUAGAGGAGUUGCAACAAGUUUACCAUUGGCUUUAUAUGGUUUAAGUGCAUUAUUUUAUUCUGUAAUUGCUUCUAUUUUUUAUCCAAAUGAUACUUCAAAAUAUUUGGGUUUUUUAACUUAUUCAAUCAUGGUAAUUUUAAUCAUAUGUUUUCCUUAUAUUUAUUUAGCUGAUUUAGAACAUAAGAGAAAGAAUAAAAAUAGUAAAACAAAAUACAUUGCAAAUGAUUACCUAUUUUCAAAUUUUAAAUUUUGGUUAAUUUUUUCAAUACUUGGAAUAUUAGCAUCAAUUGGACAAAUGUAUAUAUAUUCAGUUGGUUAUAUGGUUAAAGCAUUAAUAGUCUCAGGAGAUGCCAUUUUGAUUCAACAAAAUCAACAAUUUCAAGUUGGGUUAAUCUCAAUUGCAAAUUGUAUUGGUAGGAUUAUAUCUGGAGUUUUGGGAGAUAUAAUAUCUCAAUCAUUUGAUAAAUCUAGAAGUUGGUUAUUAUUCCUACCGGCAAUAGGACUCACCUUGACACAGAUAAUAAGUUAUAACUUAACUGAUGUUUUAAAUCUACCGAUUAAUUCAGUAUUGAUUGGAUUUUUUUAUGGUUUCACAUUUUGUAUUAUACCUAUCAUCGUUGGUGAUUUAUUCGGAAUUGAGAAUUUUUCAUUCAAUUGGGGAGUAGUUAGUCUUGCUCCAAUUAUUCCAAGUUUUUAUUUCACUAGUUUAUUUGGUAAGAUAUAUGAUUAUAAUUCUCAAAUGUUGGAAAAUACAGUUGUUUGUAGUUUGGGUAAUUUAUGUUAUAAUCAAAUUUUUAAGUUGACUGGUGUUGCUAGUGGGAUGUCAAUAUUGAUUACCAUAUUGUUAAAUUUAAAAUUGAAAAAGAAAAUUACGGCAUUACCGUUAGCUAGUCUAGAAAAAAAUAAAAUAUAG